CGUUCCAGACGUGUUUGGCCGCUCUUUAAACGGCUGUGACGAGUCGUUUUGUUUUCAAAAACAGAAUCGCCAAGGCGGCAGGAAAACAAAUGGAGAAAGAAUUGCCCGCUAAUCAAAGGAAAUUUUCAUCCCUGCCUGCCGGCCUGCCUGCCAGCCCCCUGGACUCUUUUCUUUCAUCCCUUCCGUCCUUUCCGGCCGGGCCUUUGCUCGCUCGUCGCACGCGGUCUGAAGCAAUAACGGAACAAGAUGAAUGUGCGGGAUAUUCGCCGACGCACUUGUCGCUGACAGUUUUUGUCGCGGCGGCCGGCUGCUCAAAGAGCGGACCCGGCCGCGCCGCUUGAUUUCCUUUUUGGAUCCAAAAGAGCGGCUAAAUUGGAAUCACUCUGACACGGCCGGCGUGAAGAUGGAUUGCUCCCAUUUAAAAGGCCGCCGCCGCCGCCGCCGCCGCCGCCGCCUUCUCUUUACUUUGCCCAAUCAUAGGUAGGCAAAAUCAUAUUUGUGACAGACAGCUGACCCGGCCGGGCACUCCAUGAUAGGGAGGGAGAUGGCUGGGGGUCUGCAAAGCCGCCAAGCACAUCCAAAAGCUCUCCGACGAAUGUUUGAGCACGUGUCAGCCGUUUAAUCAGCCUUGCCAAAGUACAGCCUGAAGGACAAAAGGUCAACCUGAGAGCACAGGUUGUCAAAGCAUACAGGCUCUUUCUUUCUUUGCACCUGUCUAGUUUGGGAAUCUGGGCUCCAUUUCACAUCACUUGGACGGACGGCUAAACCAUUCACAAAAUGAGUUGGGAAAAAUCAUAAAUCCAUUUUGUUUCUAAUUGUACUUUCAUAAUGUUUUGUGACAAUGAUUUCAGAUUUCGUGGACCACCUGCAAUACCGCCACGGCCCCCUAGAGGGCCUCGGACUACCGGUUGACAAUCCCGUAUCUGAUGAUUUGGGGCUUCUGAAUGCUGAAUGAGUUAUUGUGCAUUGUGCUAGGCUGACAUCUAGCGGCUGUAAUGUAGCAUAGCGCAAUUUUUUGCUUUCUUUUUUCCCAAUCUGCUGGAAAUCUGACACAGCUCCAACCUGGCAUUUCUUUUCCGUGUGUCUGGAGCUUCGCUUUUCUUUUCUUCUCUUCUCUUCUCUUCUCUUCUGUGACACACCGAUCAGCUACCGCGGUGCAUUUUGUUGAAUCAAAGGCGUAAAGAAAAGUUGCUCUGCUUGUUUGGGUUUGCCUUGGUGUUGAGCGACGCCUGUUUUGUGUGACCGUGGCAAAGAGAUAAACAUGAAACACCCAAGACUUGAUCUUGAUCAAUUUCCCCACGACUUGUCUUCAAAGACAUUCUUCGGAAAUCCCAAUGUCCUAUCACCGGUGAGCGCCACUCAUGUCGCCGCCAUUGUGCCCGUUUGACCUAAAAAUUAGAGAAUGCUGCCUUAUUUCCAUUGAAAGAUCCAAAUGAAAAAGUGUAGUCAAAAAAAUAUUUGAACAUAAUUGCCAUUUACAUGGCAUUUCUUUUGUUUGAUUUGGAAUUUGGUCUUUGACUUUUGUGCUUUCACAAGUACCGUGUUCCUUUCACACAUGCACACUCAUGUUAUGCAAAUUGUCCUCAGCCUGCGAGUGGGAGGAGGAAGCUUGCUGGUCACUCCAACGGUACUGUACUUUGACACAGUCACACAAGGAGACGCGAGGAGGAACAAUCACACUUGGAAGGAUAUCCCGAGGUAGAUGUAAGCAGUCUUCCUCUCCGGGAUGGACCCGCCCAUCUCCAGCUCGAGCUCAGGCGACGGAGAGGGUCUGGAGCUCCAGCUCCGAGUAGACUUCUUCCGCAAGUUGGGUUACUCCGCGGCAGAGGUGGACGCGGCGCUCUCCAAGCUGGGCCACUGCGCCGACACCAACGCCACGCUGGAGGAGCUGGUUCGGAUCCGCAACGUGGCACCCGGCAAAGAAGAGCUCAAGGAGGAUGGGGGCGGAGUGUCCAGACCUGUCGGAAUUGAGGACAAGAAGGCUGCGCGGUCCCACUUGAGGCCCAUCGUUAUUGACGGCAGCAACGUUGCCAUGAGUCACGGCAACAGCGAAGUGUUCUCAUGCCGAGGCAUCCAACUGGCUGUCAACUUCUUCCUGCAGAGAGGACACACGGCCAUUACGGUGUUUGUUCCAUCUUGGCGGAAAGAGAAGAGCCGCCCCGACGCGGCCAUCAAGGAUCCACACAUCCUGAUGGAGCUGGAGAGGCAGAAACGCGUGGUGUUCACCCCGUCGCGGCGCCUGGACGGCAAGUUGGUGGUGUGCUACGACGACCGCUACAUCGUCAAGUUGGCGUACGAGUCGGACGGCGUGAUCGUGUCCAACGACACCUACCGCGACCUGCAGGCAGAAAAGCCCCAGUGGAAGCAAUGCAUCCAGGAGAGGCUCCUCAUGUACUCCUUUGUCAACGACAAAUUCAUGCCUCCAGAUGAUCCUCUAGGCCGCCACGGUCCCAAUCUGGACAAUUUACUCAGUACGAAGCCACUACCGUCCGAACAAAAGGGACAACUGUGUCCAUAUGACAAAAAGUGCACUUACGGCAUGAAAUGCAAGUACUACCAUCCAGAGCGGGCCAACCGCUCCUAUCUCUCCUUGGCUGACCAACUGAGAGAAAAAGCCCAGUUAUCGCCCGUGAAGGAGGAGAUACACUCGCCACGGUCAAUGCCCUACCUCCAUCCGCCCAAACUCAACCUGUUGGAGCAUCGGUGGUCUUCUCACCACCCCGCUCAGGCUAGCCAAAACAAAGUCACCUACCGGGAAGGUCCGAGUCUUGCUCCGUCUUCUGGACACCAAGAGUAUUCUGGACCCAGUUCGGCUCAUGACUACUUGGACUCCGGCCUGGGCUCCUCCAUAAGUCAGCACUCUGAUGUCUACCUCAGAAACCCGCACAGGCUCGAAAGCGCUGAACCCAGACCGUCCUGCGGGUGCCACGCAAACUGGGACUCUGCGGGUCCCUUCUCAUUCCCGGCUGGCGCGGCGCAGAACCACGGUGCGCCCUCGGCUUACUGGUCGGAUCCUUUUUGUGCGUUGCCCCAAGUUCCGGGCCCACUGGGCUCCCCGCAGCACCGCAGCUUUGGUUCCUCCUGCUUGAGGCGGCGGCAGCAGCAGCAGCCCGCGUGCACCCAGCAGCACUCGGACCCCCAAAGACUGGAACUCUGCAAGAAACUGCAGGCCAUUUUCAGCCCUCAACAGGUGGCUACGGUGAUGCACAUGUUCCCGCACGUGACAAACGCCGAGAAACUGGCCGCCGAGAUCGUCAACCAGAAGAGUGGCAUGUUCCUCUAAAAUUGAUUGGAAGCUUCUUUGAUGGGGCGAAACUUAUGACCCACUGUGCAAUCGUAAGAACAAAUAAAACCUCAAAUAAA